GUUUGGUAUAGCAAAGCCCGAAGAAAAUGGCCUCGUCACCAAUUCUCACCACGUCACUUCCGCAAAAACAGUUGACCACUUCCUCGUCCGCAGGUGGAUUCCGCCUUCCGCCGCCUGAGAAACUCGCAAUUCUACUCGACAAAUCUGAAUCAGUGGAUUUAGUCAAGCAAAUCCACGCGGCUAUCCUCCGCCGUAACCUCUUCCUCCAUCCUUACCACCCUGUCCUAAACCUCAAGCUCCACCGUGCAUACGCUUCCCACGCCAAAAUUCGCCACUCGUUGUCUCUAAUUCACCAGACGAUCGAUCCCGACUUGUUCCUAAUCGCCGCCGCGAUCAACACCGCCUCCACUAACGGCCUCCGUGACCAAGCUUUCCUUCUUUACUUUCAAUUGCUAUCUUCUGAAACCGUCCCCAACGAGUUUACUUUCUCGUCAAUUUUGAAAUCAUGCUCGAGUCAGUCUGUAAAAGCGAUCCAUACACAUGUCCUCAAGUUCGGAUUGGGGCUAGAUCCUUACGUGGCGACCGGUCUCGUCGACGUUUACUCGAGAGGAGGAGAUGUAGUUUCUGCGCAGAAGGUGUUCGAUAGAAUGCCUGAGAGAAGCAUCGUUUCCUCCACGGCUAUGAUCACCUGCUACGCGAAGCAAGGGAACGUUGAGUCUGCGAGGGCUCUGUUCGAAAGCGUGCCUGAGACUGAGAGAGACAUUGUUUCUUGGAACGUGAUGAUCGAUGGAUACGCUCAACAUGGCUUUCCCAGCGAAGCUCUGAUGCUUUUCCAGAAACUGUUGGCCAAAGGAAAGCCUAAACCUGAUGAAAUAACCGUGGUGGCUACUCUUUCGGCCUGUUCGCAGAUCGGCGCGCUUGAAUCCGGGCGUUGGAUCCAUGUUUUCAUCAAGAGAAGUCGCAUCAGGGUCAAUGUUAAAGUAUGCACGGCUUUGAUUGAUAUGUAUAGCAAAUGUGGGAGCUUGGAAGAGGCUGUUUCAGUGUUUAACGAUGCUCCGAGGAAGGAUGUCGUUGCGUGGAAUGCGAUGAUUGCUGGAUACGCAAUGCAUGGUUAUAGCCAAGAAGCGUUGAGAUUGUUUGAUGAGAUGCAGGGAACCGCAGGGUUGCAGCCAACGGAUAUCACUUUUAUCGCAACACUACAGGCUUGUGCUCAUGCUGGUUUGGUAAAGGAAGGUGUAAGAAUGUUUGAGUCAAUGGGACAAGAGUUUGGUAUUAAACCAAAGAUCGAACAUUACGGAUGUUUGGUCAGUCUCCUUGGUCGCGCUGGUCGGCUAAAACAGGCUUAUGAGAUCAUAAGAAACAUGGAAAUAGAGGCUGAUUCCGUUGUAUGGAGUUCUCUUCUAGGAAGCUGUAAACUUGAUGGAGAUUUCGUGUUAGGGAAGGAAAUUGCAGAAUAUCUCAUUGGACGGAACAUCACAAACUCAGGAACUUAUGUUCUUCUUUCGAAUAUAUAUGCAUCUGUGGGUAAUUAUGAAGGCGUGGCGAAAGUGAGGAGCUUGAUGAAGGAGAAAACAAUAGUGAAAGAGCCAGGAGUAAGCGCCAUAGAAGUCGAUGAUAGAGUUCAUGAAUUCCGAGCUGGAGAUAGAAACCAUCUGCAAAGCAAGCAGAUUUACACAAUGGUGAGAAAGAUGAGCGAAAGGAUCAAGUCUUGUGGUUACGUGCCAGACACAAACGCGGUCUUGCAAGAUCUCGAAGAGACAGAGAAAGAGGAGUCUCUAGAGGUUCACAGCGAGAGGCUAGCCAUUGCGUAUGGUCUGAUCAGUACUAAACCAGGAAGUCCCUUGAGGAUAUUCAAGAACCUGCGAGUGUGUUCGGAUUGUCAUACGGUGACAAAACUGAUAUCGAAGAUCACAGGGAGGAAGAUUGUCAUGAGAGAUCGGAAUAGGUUCCAUCAUUUCGUGGAUGGUUCUUGUUCUUGUGGCGGUUUUUGGUAAAACCAAACGCUACGCAUUGUGGGUUGUACAUGAAAAGGAGUCAAUUUUGUCUUAAUGUAUCUGGCAUUUAGUCUCAAUGUCUCCGUCGUAAAUAGAUUGUGUGUAGAUGAAGCCAAACAAUCUCUAAAGACCUUAAAACAUUUAUCCUCCA